AUGUCGGUGGCGACGAAGCGGAUAACCGUGAGCGUUGGCCGGGAUGCAUGCUUGAGAGCCUGCACGCUCUUCGCUGGCACCGCCGGACUCGACAAGGCCAAGAAACUUGUGACAGACUACAAGAUGGGAAAAUUGGAGCAUAUGACGCCAGAGCUGUGGACUGCGAAGAAAGUUGUCGAUUCGACGCUGCAUCCGGAUACCGGCGAGCCCGUCUUCCUCCCCUUUCGAAUGUCUUGCUUCGUCCUCACCAACCUUAUCGUCACAAUGGGCAUGCUUCAGCCCGGACUCGGAACAGCAGGGACGAUUGGCUGGCAGUGGGCCAACCAGUCGGUCAACGUGGCCAUCAACAGCGCCAAUGCCAACAAAUCGUCGCCCAUGACGACGGCGGUGCUCGCCAAGUCGUACACCAUCGCCGUCACGGCAUCCUGCUCCGUCGCCCUCGGACUGAGCCGGCUCGUGCCGCGACUCAGGGUUUCGGAUGGUACGAGGAACGUGCUCAAGCGACUCGUCCCCUUCGCGGCGGUCGCCUCGGCCGGUGCCCUGAACGCCUACCUCAUGCGCCGUGGGGAGAUUGAGACCGGCAUCGACGUUCGGCCGGUCCUGUCGGAGGCGGAGAAGCAGAGGCUGAAGGAGGAGGGAAAGUCGGAGCGGGACGUUCCUUCGCUGGGCAGGAGCCAAAAGGCCGCCAAGCUUGCGGUGUACGAGACGGCAGCUAGCCGCGUGUUCAACAGCAGCCCGGUGAUGAUCAUUCCGCCCAUGCUUCUCUACUACAUCCAGGAGAAGGGGGCGUGGUACAAGAGGCUGAUGGAGAGGGAAUGGGUCAAGGCGAGGCCUCGGAUCGGCACGGCGAUCCCCAUCGGUAUUAAUCUGGGGCUCAUCACGGCGACGGCAUUUGCGGUGCUGCCCCUCGCGCUCGCUGUGUUCCCUCAGCAGCAGCAAAUAUCGGCCGACUACCUCGAGGAGGAGUUUCAUGGCAAGGGUGGUAACGGCGGCAAGGUGUGGUUCAACCGCGGGCUGUAA